UUAUUCCUUGUCAACCUCAUUGCAUAAGAACCUAUUCGAAAAAAAGAAAAUAACAAAAAGGCCGAACAAAACGAAAAGAACAUCAGAUUUCUCCGACUUUAAUAAUGCUCUAUGUAGGUACAACGGCACGCCACAGAACGUUAAAUCGCUUUCACAAUCUCCGAAGAACGCACCGGAUGAACAAGCAUUCGAAAACAAUCAAACAAGAAUUAAAAAGAUGGUAGAAUUCGGAUAUUUAUUAAUUUUACUCGCACAAAAAAUCCUCGCGGUUUUAUUAAUACCGUAUUUUUGGUGGAUUUCGAAAAAACCCAAGAAAAUAAUUCCAAAAAUCGAUAACCCCAUCUUAUUUUAUAGUGCAACAAAACUAUCAGAAAAAAUUAGAAAUCGAGAGCUCACAUCCGAACAAAUUAUCAAAGCUUAUAUCGACCGUGUAAAAGUAGUCGAUAUAAUUUUAAAAGCUGUGGUUCAAAAUCGAUUUGACAUCGCUUUGGCCGAAGCUAAAAACGUCGAUGGUUAUUUAAAAUCGUGCGAUUUAACCGAAAAUGAAUUAAAAGUUAAAUAUCCUUUAUUGGGAGUUCCAAUAACUGUCAAAGAAAGUUGUAGUUUGCAAGGAAUGUCUUAUAGCGUUGGUUCAAAACUUCGUAGAGGAGUCGUUGCAAAAUCGGAUGGAAUCGCUGUUAAAAAGUUAAGGGAAGCCGGGGCUAUUCCAAUUUUAGUUUCAAACACGCCCGAAUUGUGUUUAUUUUGGGAAUCGAACAAUUUAAUUCAUGAGAGGACUUGUAAUCCUUACGAUACUAAUCGAACGAGUGCGGGGUCUUCAGGAGGAGAAGGAAGUUUAUUGGGGAGUGGUGCUUCAAUAAUAGGAGUCGGAUCCGAUGUAGCCGGUUCAAUCCGAUUACCCGCGAUGUUUAACGGAGUUUUUGGACACAAACCAACUUCAAGAAUCAUCCCAAUAGAUGGUCAUUACCCAUCAAGUAUAAACGACACAUUAAAAGAUUUCUUAGUAAUUGGCCCCAUGACGAGAUACGCCGAAGAUUUGGCGUUAAUGACAAAGAUAAUGUGCGAUGAAAAAUUAACUUUAAACUGGAAUGAGAUAGAUACAAGCAAAUUAAACGUUUACUACGAAUAUCAACUCGAAAAAGCGUUAUUUACCCCAAAAACUCACAAAGACAUCGAAAGGGCGAUUCAAAAAAGCGUGCAAAGUUUAAAAACGUAUUCAAACGCAACGAUUAAGCAUCACAAAUUCGAUUUGAGUAAUACAAACGAAAUGUGUCUCUCGAUUAUUUUCGAUAUGGAAAAUAUUCCGAAUGUUUUAAUGGAAUCGAUGAAACCGAAAAAAUCGAGACAUCUUUACUUGGAGAUAUUAAAAUCGCUUUUAUUUUGUUCCGAUUAUUCGCUUCAAGGAUUAUUUUUUUACGCUUUACAACACACGAACGUUUUUAUAUCGAAAAGAAAAUGUGAUUUUUAUAAAAAUAAGGCGUUAAUGUUGAAAAAUGAUUUUUUGGAAAAAUUAGGGAAUAACGGAGUAUUUUUAUUCCCGACAUACCCAACAUCAGCCGUUUUACACAAUAAAUUAUUUGUGGAAACAUCCAACGUGGUUUACAUGCUGUUAUUUAACGUUUUGGGGUUCCCCUCAACUCACGUUCCAAUCGGAAGAGACAGUAAUAAUUUACCAAUUGGAAUUCAAGUGGUAGCAGCACCUUAUCGCGAUAAUUUAUGUUUCAGCGUUGCCAAAGAACUAGAGAAACAAUUUGGGGGGUGGAGUGAACCUUAGAUUUAAAAUUUAUAAUCAAAUAAAAAUAAUUAAAAGUA